AUGGCAUUUGCACCUCCUAGAAGCGUUGAUGGCCCCAAGCUGCAGACCAAGAUGAGCACGUGGACGCCACUGAACCAUCAACUCAUGAAUGACAAGGUAUUCGAAGAAAGAAGAGUUCUGCUUGGAAAAUGGUUUGACAAGUGGACGGAUGGUCAGAGGCGGAGGAUCCUGGUGGACCUGUUGGAACGCUGCUCCCCAUCACAGCAGAAAUUCUGUGCCAAGCAGCUACAGGAUCGAGUCCCCACCGAGGCUGUAGAUUUUACCACGAGGCUUCCUAGAGUCCUGUCUUUAUACAUCUUUUCCUUCCUGGACCCGCGGAGCCUCUGUCGAUGUGCACAGGUGAGCUGGUACUGGAAGUACCUGUCUGAACUGGAUCAGCUCUGGAUGCUGAAAUGCCUACGUUUUGGCUGGUACAUCAACUUCUCUCCAACCCCCUUCGAGCAAGGAAUCUGGAAGAAACACUACAUUGAGAUGGUGAAAGAGCUGCAUGUCACGAGACCAAAGACUCCUUCAAAGGUUGAGUUUGUAGUUAUUGAUGUGCAACCAGUAAGAAGCAAUGUCCCAGAAGCAAAACUUUCUGUGCCAGGAAGGAGGACGAAUAAGGAGAAAAAAGAGCUCCCACCGUGGCGUUCAUCAGACCGGCAUCCUACGGACACCAUCCGAUUCAACUACCUCGACAACUACGAUCCCAUUGAGCAGGCUCGGCAGGCGAGAAAGAAAGGAGGCGGGGAGACCCCAGACCUUAGCCGGCAGGCAGCGGAGAAAAAAAAGAGCAUGGGUUGUGGAUCUAAUAAGUUCCAGAAGGCAAGAUCACUGCUAUCACUUCCUGGAGAUGUUGAGUCUGUUCCAAAACCACCAGUUCGUCCCAGCUGGGCCACUCACCAGUCAACUGGGAACCUGCCCUCCAAAGCAGCAGCAAAGACCCUAGCCCAGAGCUCUCAGUGGAAUGCUGGGAUACGACCAGCACCCGUUCGAGCUCCAGUGCCAAAGCCACGUGGAAGAGGGAAGAACGACUUCACAAGGACGUACAGCUGGUCUCCAUCAUCUCCACUGUUUGAGGCUCAGCCCUGGCACAUUCCUUCAUCUAACCAAGGAUCUGACACAGAGUAA